UGGGGACCAUCUGAUAUGCAGCAUGACAUCGAUGAGUCCAUCAGGCCCUACCAGAUUGAAUUCAGUGACGAGAUGAUCCUGGACCUCAAAGACCGACUGCUGAACCAUCGAGCUCUUACUCCACCUCUCGAAGGCAUUGGUUUCCAAUACGGUUGCAACUCCAAAGUGCUGGCGCCCUGGGUAAACUAUUGGGCGAAUGACUACAAUUUCACUGAGAGGGAAGCUUAUUUGAAUCAGUACCCUCACUUCAAAACAAACAUCCAAGGUUUGGACAUACAUUUCAUCUGGAUAAAACCUCAGGUACCCGAUGACGUAACAGUUGUGCCUCUGCUACUGCUACACGGACGUCCGGGCUCCGUACGCGAGUUCUAUGACGUCAUUCCUUUAUUGAGCACUCAAUAUAAGGAAUACAAGUUUGCAUUCGAACUUAUCGUGCCGAGCUUGCCUGGAUUUGGAUUUUCUGAUCCACCAGCCCGGCCCGGCGCAGCACCACCGCAGAUCGCUGUCAUCUUCAAGAACUUAAUGGCUAGGCUCGGCCACGACCAGUUCUACAUCCAGGGCGGCGACUGGGGCUCCAUCAUCGGCAGUGCCAUCGCUACGUUGUAUCCUGAAAAUGUGUUGGGCUUCCAUUCCAACUUGCUGCUAAUGCAGAACAGUUGUACGGAAACGAAAACGCUAGCCAGGGUAAUGGUUGCCGCACUCCAACUAUAUUCGUCUGAAGCUGCAAAAAUUAAUAACCUUACGAAUGUCAUAGAAGAGACUGGUUACAUACAUGAACAAGCCACGAAGCCUGAAACUUUGGGGGCAAGUCUUUCGGACUCAGCAGUAGGUUUCCUCGCCUACAUGCUGGAGAAGUAUUCCACCGGCACGAAGAUAGAACAUAGAGACCUCGAAGAUGGCGGGCUAGACUACCGCUUCAGCAAAGAUGAACUCCUGGACAACAUCAUGAUUUACUGGUGCACGAACACCAUCACCACCUCGAUGAGGAUUUACGCUGAGUUUUUCGGCAACAAGAACCGAGAGUUUGCUAUUGAUGAAUACCCCACUCCGGUACCUACCUGGAGUAUCCAAGCUAAGAACGAGUUCCUGGGCAUGACAAAAAGCAAGCUAAAAUACCCCAACCUUCUCGGAGUCACUCUUCUUAACGACGGAGGUCACUUUUUGGCUUUCGAGCUACCCAAGGAGUUCGUGGAAAAUGUCUUCCUAGGCAUGCAGGCAAUCAUGGACUACCGUAACCAAAGAACUGAAUUACUACUCACAUUGCUGACGUUAUUUGAAUCUUCAGUACUUCUAGACGUUGAAAGUGCUCUUAAGGAUAUUGCUUUAAACUGUGUUAUGCCUUUUGUAGCUUUUGCAAUGGCAAAGUUAUCCAUGAUAUGGGGCCUCGUCUUAGUCGUCGGGGCAACAGCGUGGGUCGCCAAUGCUCAGUCAUCCGGACUACCCCAGCUGGAUCAGAAUGAGUGGUGGGGCUCACAGGUGUUGUUGAAGGAUUCAGCCACGCUGCAGUCCAGAAAAACCAUCAAACCAUUCCAUGUUACUUUUAGUCAAGAGAUGAUAGAUUAUCUCAAGAGACGCAUCUCAAACCACCGCAGCUACGUUCCACCACUAGAGGGUACCGCCUUCGAAUACGGGUUCAACCCUGACCAGAUCGGCACGUGGGCGGACUACUGGGUCAAUGAAUACAACUUCACGACCGGGGAAUCCGUGCUCAAUCAGUUCCCGCAGUACAAGACGAACGUACAGGGCCUGGAUAUGCACUUUAUCUGGGUUAAGCCUGAGGUACCCGAUGGCGUGACUUCCGUGCCCCUCCUGCUAUUGCACGGCUUUCCUGGCUCCAUUCGAGAGUUCUUUGAAGCAAUCCCUUUAUUGACGACACCGACCAAUGGAUUGGUGUUUGAAGUUAUUGUCCCAAGCUUGCCGGGAUAUGGAUUUUCAGAUGGAGCAGUACGUCCAGGCAUGGGACCCGCACAAAUAGCAGUAAUCCUCAAGAACUUGAUGAAAAAAAUCGGCCACCAAAAGUUUUAUAUCCAGGGUGGUGAUUGGGGAUCUGUGAUUGGCAGGGCUAUAGCCACUCUGUACCAGGAUGACGUGUUGGGCUUUCACUCCACAGCCCUGACUGUAUUCAACAGCUGCGCGGAAAUCCUGAACUUGCUGGGAGGCUACAUCGCCACACUUCAAGUGGAAAUUCACCAAUACAACAGAACCGCUCUAACUAACAUCGCAGAGGAAACUGGUUAUGUACAUCUGCAGGCCACAAAGCCAGAUUCUGUGGGAAUCAGCCUCUCAGACUCGCCGAUCGGUCUUCUCACCUACGUACUUGAAAAGUUUUCUACGUGGACCCAUCCAAGCAACCGGCUCCGACAAGAUGGAGGGCUGUUCAACCACUUCACCCGGGAGCAGAUGAUUGACAACCUCAUGAUCUAUUGGAUGACCAACAGUAUGACCACGGCGAUGAGGCUGUACGCUGAGUAUUUCAGCAGGGCGCACCGAGGGUUAGGAUUAGACGAACACCCAACGAAGGUGCCCGUGUGGAACAUCAAGGCUCCCAACGAUCUCUUCCCCCAGCCUCUAAACAAGAUGAAGUUCCUCAACGUCGUAGGAGUCACAGUUCUGAAUGACGGAGGUCACUUUUUGGCCUUAGAGCUACCCGAAGCUUUCGCCGCUGAUGUCUUCAAAGCUGUGGAAGCAUUCAAAAAGUUCCAUGCGAACAGAAGAACUGAUUUGUGA